AUGGUUUCUCCUUAUGCUUGUCUUAAUUCCUCUGUUCUCAACACACCUUCACCACUCUUUCUCACUCCCCUUUUCCACACUCACACAACACUUCCCAAUACCGUCAAACCACCACCACCGUCAAAACUAUCCUCUUCUUCUUUUCACUCUCUCUCAGUUUCUGCUCUGCCCACUAAGGUAGACACCACGGUGAGGAUCGAGGAAAUCGAAGAUGCCCCAAAAUUCGAUUUCAAGGUCUACAUGCUCCGCAAGGCCCACACAGUGAACCAAGCCUUGGAUGCAGCCAUUGCGCUGCGCGACCCGGAGAAGAUCCACAAAGCCAUGCGCUACUCCCUCCUUGCCGGCGGCAAGAGGGUCCGGCCUAUCCUCUGCAUCGCCGCCUGCGAGCUUGUUGGCGGCGACGAGGCCACCGCCAUCCCGGCUGCCUGUGCCGUCGAGAUGAUCCACACCAUGUCGCUCAUCCACGAUGAUCUGCCAUGCAUGGACAACGACGACCUCCGCCGGGGCAAGCCCACCAACCACAAGGUCUUUGGCGAGGACGUGGCUAUCCUUGCCGGUGACGCGCUGCUCGCCUUUGCAUUCGAACACGUAGCGGCGGCAACUGAGGAAGUGUCCCCGACCCGCGUGGUUCGGGCAAUCGGGGAGUUGGCGAAAUCAAUAGGUGGGGAUGGCCUUGUGGCUGGACAGGUGGUGGAUUUAGAUUCUGAAGGAGUAUCGAGUGUGGGGUUGGAGAGGUUGGAAUAUAUUCAUGUGCACAAAACGGCGGCGUUGCUGGAAGCUGCGGUUGUGUUGGGGGCAAUAGUUGGAGGUGGGUCGGAUGAGGAGAUUGAGAAACUAAGGAAAUUUGCCAGGUGUAUCGGGCUGUUGUUUCAGGUUGUUGAUGACAUCCUGGAUGUUACAAAGUCAUCAGAGGAGUUGGGGAAGACGGCGGGGAAGGACUUGGUGGCUGAUAAGGUCACCUACCCUAAACUUUUAGGGUUACAUAAGUCUAAGGAGUUUGCUGAUAAAUUGCUCCAAGAGGCAAAUGAACAAUUGCUUGGGUUUGAUCCCCGAAAGGCUGCUCCUUUAUUUGCCUUAACCAAUUACAUUGCUCAUAGGCAAAAUUAA